UAGUAAACAAAAUUCGUUGAGCGUUUAUCUAAUCCAUUUAAAAUAUACUUUACUUGUGAGAUGCUGAGAAAAUAUGACGAGUGGAAAACCGUCAAAAACUCAUCAGACCAACCAACGGCCCAGUAACGGAAGUCAGGUAUUCAGUGAGGUUGAGCAGAACGAACUUUAUCGAAGAGCCGUAAAACUACUGCAUGAGCGUUGUAAGGCUAUUCAGAAGAAUAAUGAACGAAUAGUGCACAGAUUACACGUAGUGAAAAGGCUGACGAAAAAACGGAAUCGUGAGGUUGAGAUGCUCAUGAAUCGCUUGGAUCGGUACAAUGAUAGCUGGCGAACCGCACCGCAACCGCUAGCCGUGAAGUUGGAGGAAAGUAAAACAGCACCGGAAUAGUAAUGAAUAAUUUCUCCACAGUUGGCAUUCAUAUAAGUUCAUAAAAUAAAUGUUUUACCUGUGAAAAAUUGAUUAAACUAGCUAUUCUUAGGAAUUCUUAGCGAAACUCAAGUUUUUGCUAUGGAAAAGUCGAUUUUAUUGCACCUAGCCGCUGCCGAGCAAUAGUUCCAUUGUAUAAUGUAUAUCUCACUUUGCUAUACAGUUUUAAAUUAAAUUAUUUGAAGUUAUA